GAGCAAAUCCAGAGCCAGCUGGACCACCUGAGGAGAGUGAAGGACCUGAAGAAGAGGCGCCGGGCGCAGGGCGAGCAGGCGCGGGCCGAGCUCCUGAGCCUCACGCAGAUGGAGCGGGAGAAGAUCGUGUGGGAGUUCGAGCAGCUGUACCACUCCCUGAAGGAGCAGGAGUACCGGCUGCUGGCGCGGCUGGAGGAGCUGGACCUGGCCAUCUACAACAGCAUCAAUGGCGCCAUCGCCCAGUUCUCCUGCAACAUCUCGCACCUCAGCGGUCUGAUCGAUCAGCUGGAGGAGAAGCAGCGGCAGCCCACCAGGGAGCUGCUGCAGGACAUCGGGGACACGCUGAGCAGGGCUGAAAGAAUCAGGAUCCCUGAACCUUGGAUCACGCCUCCAGAUCUGCAAGAAAAAAUCCACAUUUUUGCCCAAAAAUGCCUGUUCUUGACAGAGAGUCUGAAGCAGUUCACAGAAAAAAUGCAGUCCGAUAUGGAGAAAAUUCAAGAACUGAGAGAGGCUCAGUUAUACUCAGUGGACGUGACCCUGGACCCAGACACAGCCUACCCCAGCCUGAUCCUGUCCGACAACCUGCGGCAGGUGCGGUACAGUUACUUGCAGCAGGACCUGCCUGACAACCCCGAGCGCUUCAACCUGUUUCCCUGUGUGCUGGGCUCCCCCUGCUUCAUCGCCGGGCGCCACUACUGGGAGGUGGAGGUGGGGGACAAGGCCAAGUGGACCAUCGGCGUCUGUGAAGACUCGGUGUGCAGAAAGGGCGGCGUGACCUCAGCCCCACAGAACGGGUUCUGGGCUGUGUCGCUGUGGUACGGGAAGGAGUACUGGGCCCUCACCUCCCCGAUGACUGCGCUGCCCCUGCGGAGCCCGCUGCAGCGUGUGGGCAUCUUUCUGGACUACGACGCCGGGGAGGUGUCCUUCUACAAUGUGACUGAGAGGUGCCACACCUUCACCUUCUCCCACGCCACUUUCUGUGGGCCGGUGCGGCCCUAUUUCAGCCUGAGCUACUCGGGCGGGAAGAGCGCGGCUCCUCUCAUCAUCUGCCCCAUGAGCGGGAUCGAUGGCUUUUCUGGCCACGUUGGGAGUCGUGGUCGGUCCAUGGAGACCUCCCCGUGAGGAGCGGAACUCGGGCCGCCGGCUGGCAGCUGGGGCCCCGCCCCACAAGUGUUGCCUCUGUCCACUGGGACUGGAUGUCCACGUCCUUCCCCUCGCCAUGGGGUGUGGGAUGUCCAUAUUCCCUGGGACCCUUCCUCUUCCCGUGCAAAUUGUGAGCUGUAAUGAGAAGUAUCAGUAUUGCCCACAAAUAAAACUGGAUGGCCUCCGUGUUUCACACUCUGGGUUUCACCAUGACUGGAGCAGGUAGAGAAUGGACCAUUUGGGACGUGGAGGGUACUGAGACAGCUCCCCUUGGCCCAGCCUGACUCCUCCUGGCUCAGCCAGGGUCCUGGAUGGUUCUUGUCACUUCCAGGCCAGGGCUUCUUCCUGAGAAGCUGAGGGACCUUCAAGGCCUGCCAGCAUGGUUGCCUUUGCCACAGUUGUCCUUGGAUCACUACCUCUACCCCAUACUUCCGGUCUCAAAGUUUUAUUAACUCCACUACUGCUAAUGUGUUUGGGUUGGUUGUUACAGGCGUGGUGAGAACGAUGGCAGUCCAUCGUGAGGUGAUGUUCUCACCAGUCUGCCGCUGUUAUCCGGGAGGGCUUUUUCUGCUCCCUUCAUGCUGAUGGAGGAGGAUCUCUGCACCCUGGUCAGCCACACACCAUCCCUGCCGUGUUCCAGGGAUUUGUUGCCUUGCCUAUUUUCUCCCACCUCUUUUGGGGGACAGGGCUUGACCUUCCCGAUACGUGUGCCUUGAAGGACAGCUCGUUCCCAGGACCAUCGCCACGGAAGCCAUUCUGGAGUUGGAAGGCACAUCACUGCGAGUCCCGGGGUGUUCUUAGUCAUGCUUCUCUUUGGGUACAUGCCCUUGAUUAGAAAUAAAGUGGAUAAUGGAU